CUAUUUCAAGCAUGGCCGCCGUUGCUUUGUUCUCCUUCCAGUUUUAGGCUAAAGUUCAAUGAGUAUGUGAGGAGAGAAAAUUGUGAAUGAUACAAAAAAAAAUAUAUAUAUAUAUAUAUAUAUUAAGUGAUUCGUUUUAUUUAUCAGUUAUCUCUAAAACUUAUUAAAAUUCGAGUGCGAUAUUAAUGGAUUUAUGCGAUUCAUCCUAUUUGUCGUCUGAAAAAAUAGGAUUACACAAAGUGAGAUAAAAUGUCUGAGAUCACGGAAUCGCCUGAAAACGGGGAUACCUUCUCGAAGAAGACUAACAUUUGGGAAGAUCUGGGUUCGCCGCGUUGCAUAUUAGCGCCGAUGGUGGAUGCAAGUGAAUUAGCAUGGAGAUUGCUUAGCAGGAGACACGGUGCCCAGCUUUGUUACACGCCGAUGCUGCACUCCAAUGUGUUUUGCCGAGAUCCUAAAUAUAGACGGGAGGCCCUUACCAGCACCAGCGAGGACCGGCCGCUGAUCGUACAGCUUUGUGGAAAUGAUCCAGAUAUAUUAUUAGAAGCUGCAUGUUUGGCUGAACCAUACUGCGAUGCAGUGGACAUCAAUAUCGGUUGUCCACAAGCCAUUGCAAAACGUGGUCAUUAUGGGGCAUUUUUGCAGGAUGACUGGACUUUGUUAAGUAGAAUCGUGUCAACUUUGAAGAGCGGAUUGCGCAUACCUGUCACCUGUAAAUUACGAGUAUUCCCGGAAAUCAGUCGUACGGUAGAAUAUGCUCGCAUGCUGGAGAAUGCAGGUGCUAGCUUACUCACUGUACAUGGACGUACGAGAGAGCAAAAGGGACCGUUAACUGGAUUAGCAUCUUGGGAACACAUCAAAGCUGUAAGAGAGACCGUGGAAAUUCCCGUGAUCGCCAACGGCAAUAUACAGUGCAUGCAGGACUUGCAGAGGUGCAUCGAAGAGAUUCAAGUGCAUGGCGUGAUGUCAGCCGAAGGGAAUCUGUACAAUCCGUACAUAUUCGAGUCUCGUUAUCCCGCCUGUUGGGAGCCUGCUCUGGAGUACUUGGAGCUUGUAGAGCAACAUCCAGCACCGGCCUCGUACAUUCGCGGUCACUUAUUUAAACUGUUCCAUCAUGUAUUUUGCUUAACAGAAAAUGAAAGGGAAAGGGAUAAUUUGGCUACCAACUCUAGCAUGGAAGCCUUCAAGAGUGUUGUAUAUUCCUUGAGGGAUCGUUACUUACCGUAUCACGAAGGACAGUUGAUAUGGCAGACAGAAAAGACAGAUUACAAUUUGGAGUUACCACCAUGGUUGUGUCAACCUUAUGUACGUGAGCCUCCACGAGAACAUACACAAAAGUCACAGGAAGAUGCACUUCGAAAACGGGAGUAUAAAGACGAGGAUGGAAACGAAAUAUCGCGAAAACGUUCAAAAAAGCUGAAACGAAUAGCGCGCAGACCGAAUAGAGCAACAUCUCUCCCUAAGAGAAGCUCAGAUCGGUGCCAUGCUUGUCCAAAUCCUCUGGGUUUUAAAUGCGAGUAUAAAUUAUGUCGACAGUGCUGUAGAAACAAAUGUUAUAUAGAAAAUUUAGACUGUGCUGGUCACAGAAAUCUAACUAAGACGAGGAGGCAAAUGGCGAAGGAAUUUGAAGCGAAACGUAAGGGCAUUGAAAAUAUGAUGACGCUAUGUUAAAAUAUUUUAAAUAAAAAACUAUAUUUUAUAUCUAAUUGA